CGGGCUCUUGUUUCAUUCAUCCAUCCCGACCUUGUUUAUCACCUGCCAACCAGGUCACCAGGAGUCGUCACAAGGGAUCAUAUCUAUCAAUGGAGUUAUAACUCGUCUCCUGCGCGUCACCCCACCCAGACUCGCCGAGUUGUACGUUGUGGAAGCCUGAGAAUAGACAAAUCAUCUCACCAUGGCGCGGUCCGAACAACCUCUCCUUGCGCGACCGAGUUCGCCCAACUCUGCGAAUUCCGACAUUGAAGAGGAAGAUGCGCUCCUUACUGGGCAACCAGUUCAGCGACCAGAGUCGACGGCUUCAAAGACACGCAAAUGGCGCGAGGCCGGCUUAUUUGUUUGGGCCCUCCUAGCCACAGUGGCUGUCAUCAUCCUCGCCGUGGUCUAUCAGCACGAAUCGUCCAUUGCGCACUCGAAACCAAAAAGGACAGGAGGAUGGGGCCCGGACGGGAAACCCAGCGGGAAGCGGAACAUGAUUUUCAUGGUGUCAGACGGCAUGGGACCGACGUCCUUGUCGCUGACCAGGAGUUGGAGACAAUACGUGGAUAGCCUACCGAUUGACGACAUACUGGUGCUGGAUAAACAUUUGAUCGGGUCUUCCCGGACACGCAGCUCAAACAGUCUGGUCACUGACUCGGCGGCCGGAGCAACGGCAUUUUCAUGCGGAUUGAAGAGUUACAAUGGUGCGAUCUCGGUGCUGGCCGACCAUUCUCCGUGCGGAACGGUGCUGGAAGCGGCCAAGAGGGCAGGCUACAUGACUGGACUGGUGGUCACGACACGAAUCACCGACGCCACCCCGGCAUGCUUCGCAGCUCACGCCAACCGUCGAGAAUACGAAGACUUGAUUGCCGAGCAAAUGGUCGGCAACUACCCUCUUGGUCGGGUCGUGGACUUGCUGAUCGGUGGCGGGAGAUGCCAUUUCCUACCGAACUCGACGGAAGGGUCGUGCAGAGCCGAUGCCACGGAUGUGGUGCGCAUGGCUAAAGAAGACUUUGGAUUCCAAUACAUUAACAACCGGACCGAAUUUGACAAACUCACCCACAAGAAGCCCGUGGAUCUGCCGUUGCUUGCACUUCUCGCAGAUACCGACAUUCCCUAUGAGAUCGACCGCGCUCAAAUGGCAGACAUCUACCCCAGCCAAGCGGAGAUGGCACGACUGGCGCUGAAAGCAUUGUCCGCAGCCACCAAGGACUCGGAGAAGGGCUUCUUCCUCAUGAUCGAAGGAUCACGGAUCGACCACGCUGGCCACGCCAACGACCCAGCCGCCCAAGUGCACGAAGUCAUGGCUCACGACGAAGCGUUUGCCGCGGUGCUAAAGUUUCUGGAAGAAGACGAUACGGACGGAAUCCUGGUGUCCACAUCUGACCACGAAACCGGAGGACUCGCCACCGCCCGCCAAUUGCACAAGACGUACCCAGAGUACCUAUGGCAUCCUGGAGUUCUAGCCAAAGCAAACCACUCGACAGAAUACCUUGCGCGCGAAUGGUCGAAAUAUCUAUCUUCUUCCUCGUCAACCUCUUCGCGCAAGGAUAAAUCGACCAAACUCGCCGACCUGAUUGAAUCCGGCCUUGGAAUCACCGACUACACGCCCGAAGAGCUCGACGCCAUCAUCGACGCUGAACCCAUCUGGCCUCCGGCAUAUCAUUUCGCAGACCUGAUUUCGCGCCGCGCCCAGAUCGGCUGGUCAACCCACGGCCAUAGUGCCGUCGACGUCAACAUCUACGCCUCGAGUCCUGACCAUGCCCCUGGACUGGUGGGGAACCACGAGAACACCGAGGUCGGACAGUUUAUUGCAGAGUACCUCGAUCUCACUCAUCAUCUAGAUGAAGUCACUAAAGAGUUGAGGGAGAAGAAAGUCAAAACGUCUACGACUACCGACGGCGGCUCGGGGGAGGAGAAGGGGGAAGCCAAAGAGUGGGGCGAGUGGAUGGGUCCUCCUGCCCUGCCGGAUGAUGAGAUUGAUGACAAGCUUGUCUCUUUGGACGACUAUCAUGGCGACUUUAAACAUCGGAAACGCGAGGCUGAAGCUGAUUGUGGCUGUGGCAUGAGACAUUGAACCUUGCAGUGGUUGGAUGUACUACUGUAUUACUUUUUACCUGCAUGAUUGGCGCUUAUCAAUGGUGAAGAUUGGGUGCCUGAGGCGCUUUUAUAUUUUACUUUUACAUAUUUUACUUUUCAGGGGCGCCGGCGCGGGGAAGGAGAUUUGAGAUCGUUUAUGAAUACCACAGAACACUAUAUAGGUACUUGAAUGAACCAUGAUAUACCUGUACGCAAACACGCAUACAACAGACAG